AUGGUUGACAUUCCCGGCUCGUGGCACCAAAAUAUUUUUAGAGAAUUUAUUGGCUUGGCUGAUUUGGCACUGUCGAAUUUUUGCAAGCGAUUAGGUGUGAGAAGUGUUGCUGAUUUAGUGCAUGAACCGUUACCGUCUGGAUUUUUGCCUUGUUUUGCAAGGUUUGUCGAAGGUCAGGAACAAGCAAGAAUUUGUAAGGCUUAUCUUGAAGUGUAG